AUGGGCGUCUUGUCUGUGACACAAGAUGAAUGGUCUGAUGAGGAAGUCGACUCCAUGAUUGAAUAUGCUUCUGCUAGUUCAAUUUACGAAGCUUUUGUACCUGAAGGAAGCUAUAAGCCUGGACCUGAUGUUAGUCAUGACCAGCGUAUGAGAUUCAUUAGGUCCAAGUAUGAACAUCAAGAGUUUUUGAGACCAAGCUUGCGGAUAACUUCAGGGAAAGCUUGCUCAACAAAGAAACCAUCUUUUCUUAACUCAAGUAUUUCUACAAAGUUCAUGGAUAGUUUUCGCGCACAUUCGUCAUCAAAGAAGAUAGUGACCGUUAAGAAAGGUACUAACUUAGCAAUCAGAGACAUGAUGUCAAGUGAUCCUUAUGUUGUCUUGAAUCUAGGGAGAGACGCAAAUGAUACCACGACUUGCGGAGGAUCGUGGCGAGGUCAGCCUUCUUCCUCUGCUUAUUGUUUCUCGAGGAUCCUGACAUUUUUGGUUUGA